AUGUCAAACACUUGUCUGAUUGUCGGUUGCGGAGUUUUCGGCCUUUCUUCUGCUGUCGAUUUAGCUAAACAGCGUGUCUUCGACAGGAUCGUUGCCAUUGAUGCAGAAGCCGUACCAUCUAGUAUGUCAGCUGCAAACGACUUGAACAAAAUCGUCCGUCCAGAGUAUGCAGAUAUAAAGUAUAUGAAGCUUGCAUUAGAAGCAAUGGACUCUUGGAGAUCCAAUUCUCCGGUAUCUUCUGCAUAUCAUGAAAGCGGCCGCUUAAGUAUCAAUUCAAAAGACCCAAACAGACGUCAAUUUGACUCUGUCUCUCAAGCAAACUUACGAAAAUUGUUGGGCAAAGAUGCAUUAAUGGAUCUCAAAUCUCCAGACGAGAUUCGUAAAAAAUUUCCAACUUUCUUAUCGAACGCUCCAUUAAAUGAAGAUAUCUCGGCUGUCUUUAAUGAACGCGCUGGCUAUGCCAGUGCGUCCGAGGCUGCUUCAGCAGCUGUGGAGACAGAAGACGGUUCAGUCAUCCAAGCGGAUACAAUUUUACUAGCCAUAGGUGCUUAUAUGAAUGCCUACGUUCAUACAGACCGUAGGGUUAUAGCCAAAGGAUUACCGGUCGCUCAUAUGCAAUUAACAGAAGAUGAAUACAAUCAUUACAAAAAUAUACCAAUUGUUUUUGACCCCGACGUAGCCUACAUCUUUCCCCCGGAUCCAAAAAGCAAACUACUAAAGUUCUCUAGCGCCGGCUAUGAAUAUGUGUACAAUACACGGACUCGUUACAAUGAAUCCAUCAUUACCUCUAUACCAACUACACCAUCUCAAUACACUGAUAUCCCUGAUUACGCUAAAGAAAGCAUUUAUCGUUUUCUACGGAUGUACCUUCCUGAAUUAGCGGAUCGCCCUCUAGAGAAGUGUAAGAUGUGCUGGAUCUCUGACACUUCCGAUUCCGAGUUCUUAAUUGAUAAAUUACCUGGAACAGAUAAUGUUCUCAUUGUUAAUGGAGACAGUGGUCAUGCUUUCAAGUUUUUACCCAACAUAGGCAAGUACGUUACUCAGAAAAUACGCGGUACACUAUCGACUGAAUGGCGAGAAGCUUGGAAAUGGAAGAAUGUGGACGAACACAGUAGGGAAGUGAAAUGGAGAGGUUCUCAAACUUUAGCUGAUCUGAAGGAUGUCAGUUUUACGCCAAACAAGUGA